UCCUCCCCCCUCCUCCCCCUCCUCCUCCUGACCAACCCCGCAAGCACCUGCACCCCACCAACGGACCCCCCAACCCCAACCUUCACAGCCCCCUUCUCCGUCCAGGUGCAGAACGCAAGCUACCCGCAGAUCAACAACCGCUUCCUGAACUUCUGGCGGGCGGGUGGCGGGGACCAGCACCUGUAUUUAUCCCCAGCCGGCACGCCGGUGGCCAACCUAUCCCUAGCGAACGGGGUGCUACAGCGACCCCCGGAUGGGAUUCUGCAAAAUUUGACCAUUAGGGCUGUUAUCAAUGGAGAGGUCGGUCGAGCCCCUUACCUUACCCUUACCCUUUCCCGGAGGGGAGAGGAAAAAAAAGUAUGAUAUGGCUGAUGCAGUGGGAGAUAUAGUACACCGCCACGGACAACACUACGAAAAUGUUCUUCACCAGUCGUGGUGAUCCCAGGGCUAUGUUUGAUGCUGGGUGGGGAUGUAAUGCUACCGAUGACUCCGUACAGAGGGAGUUGAUAUUCCGGGGUAGGGGCGCCGGGAUUGGGGGGCAUAUCUGUGUUAGGUUGGCGAGUGGGAAUCGUUGGGAGUUUAGGUACUCGCCGCCGGGUAAUACU